UUCGAGGCAAGUUGCAACCAACCCCAGCUCGCGCAACCAACGCCGAAACAUUUACUUCCUAUGCAACCUUGGGCUCUAGAUACGGCCAUGGACAAAGAAAAGCACCAGACCUUGUUCGGAGGCAGUCGAUAUACUAAAAUCGUGCUGCGCAGNUCUUUCCUAGAAUGCCACAACAGCACAGGCCGAUUCCAUGGUAAUCUCGACAUCAAAACCUUGGGUGGUGCUGGAUUUGCAAGCCAGCGGACCACGGGCGAAGAUAGAAGCUGGGACUUGUCUGGUCAUGCAGGAAUCGUGCUCGACAUUGCAGAAGCGGACGGCAAGUAUCCUAUUCCUCCGAAUCAUGCCACCUAUAUUGCUGGUGCAGGAUGCCGAGCUCAUGUAUGA